AUGGUCUUGACCCAGACCCAUGGCAUGAGCUGCGGAAAAUUUAUUUUUGGCUUCCUCCAAGGCUUUCGGCUGAUGCGAUUGUUGCGCUUCACACGCCUGGCUCGUAUGGCGCGCUUGCUGCGCAGCAUCCCAGAGUUGUUGAUUAUCGUGAGGGCCAUUGCCAUCGCCCUUCGCUCAGUCUUUUUCUUGAUGGUUCUGCUGGUGGGCCUCGUCUACGUCUUUGCUCUGCUCUUCAUGGAGCUUUUGGAUGGGAAGAACCAAGCUCCAGGUUCUUUGGCAUAUGACAGCUUUCGUUCUUUGCCGCAGUCUAUGAAUACCUUGCUACUGGCGGGAGCCUUGCCCGAUCAGUCCAGUCUGGUUGAGGAUGCUGGAGCUACACACUUCUUGCUCUAUCCCUUGAUGCUCCUUUACAUGCUACUGGCAUCCCUCACAGUGAUGAAUAUGCUGGUGGGCAUUCUUUGUGAGGUCGUCACAGUGGUUUCAGCAGUUGAGAAAGAGGAGAUUUUGUUGAAAUCGGUGAAGUCGUUGCUCAAGCAGCUCCUACUGGAUGCGCAAGCGGACGAAGACGGCGAUGGCAGCAUCUCUCGAAGAGAAUUUGACAAGAUGCUCACGAACCCCACCUGCGUGAGAACCUUGAGCGAAGUGGGUGUCGAUGUUUUUGCCCUGGUGGACUUGGCGGAUUUCAUCUUCGGGCAGAAGGAGAGCCUCUCAUUCGCCUCCUUUAUGGAUGCCGUUUUACAACUCCGAGGGAGCAACACCGCCACAGUCAAGGACAUUGUGGACCUGCAGAAGCUCAUUGUCAAUCACUUCAAGUCUUUGGAGACCCGGUUUACAACGUGUCCGGAUGAGCAGACUUUGCCCCCGAUGCUGGCUUGA